GUUCUUUCUUUGUCAUCAAAUACCCUCUUCCAGCGAAAGCGCCUCGCUUUUUCGUAUUUGCUGUGUGUAGCGAGAGCUGGUUCAAACGCUGUCUCAUUAAUUAGAUCCGCUUUCUGUUUCUUUCCUUUCAUAUCCAAGCCGUGCUGCCCCACGUACUUUGCAGUUAUUUCACUUUACCAAUAAAAGGAAAACUCAACCAUGUCCACCAAAUACUUCCAUUUAGGCGACAUUGAGAGGCACAACAAGUACAAUGAUCUCUGGAUCAUUAUCGACCGACACGUGUACGAUGCGACUAAGUUUGCCGACGAGCACCCCGGCGGCGUCCGCAUUCUCCUCAGCGUGGCUGGCGCCGAUGCCUCGAAUGGCUUCAAGGCCAUCGGACACUCUGACUCUGCCAAGGAAGAGUUGGAGAAGUACCGCAUCGGCGAUGUCCACCCUGACGACGCCCGCAAGCUGAGGGAGCCGAUUCAGGGCACGCAAAGUCCCAUGUACGGUAUUGUGGUGGUGUUCGUGCUACUUGCCACCGUCUUUUCGUGCCUCUUCCGCUCCAUCUUCUUGUAA